AUGUAUAAAGAUGAGGCAUGGAAGGUGUUUUUUGAUGAUCCAUCACAAGAUAUUGUUGUUGAAUUUGCGAUACGUUAUGGUAUUGAGUCAAUUUAUCAAGCCAUGACUCAUUUUGCUUGUCUUUCAAAUAAAUAUAUGUGUCCUCGUGUUCCAGCCGUUAUGUCAACACUACUAGCAAAUAUAAAUGCUUUCUAUGCACAUACAACAGCAACAACAGCUGUUUCAGCUGCUGAUCGAUUUGCAGCAUCGAAUUUUGGCGUACGUUUUACAU